AUGGCUCUGCAUCUCCAAAGUGUGGUCCUCAUCCUUCUGGUAGUCAUUCAGACCAAGGCUGAAGGUGCUUCUCCUAACAGGAAACCAUCGCUGCUCAAUGUUCCACUACAGCCAGACUUCCAGGAUGACCAGUUCCAGGGCAAGUGGUAUGCUGUGGGUGUGGCAGACAACACAAUUCAAAAUGGAAAUGAAAGAAAUUUAACCAUGUACAGCAUCAACUACGAGCUGAAAGCGAACCACAGCUUCAACGUGAACACCACGCUGCUCAGCCAAGAUGGGGACAGUCCUGUCAUCCCAGUCAGAGCAGGAAUGACCCUCUCCAUUUACACUGCAGUGAAACGUGGAACUCUGAGCUACAUCAUGAGAGUGGCAGACACUGACUACAAUCAGUUUGCCAUUGUUUACGUGGAGAAGAAUGUUAUAUUCCAGUGGUACUUUGAGAGUACACUCUACGCAAGUGUUCCUCUUGGCUACUCACCAGUCAUCUUGACCACAGGGAGAACCAAGGAGCUGAGCCCUGAGCUGAAGGAGCGCUUCAUCAACUUCACCACAUCUGUUGGCUUCGCUGAGAACAACAUCGUCUUCACUGUCCCUACUAGUAAUGACCAGCUGGGGCACACAGAAGGGGGCAUAAGAUUCUCACCUGAUGGUGCCCAAUCAAGAAAACUGGAUGGGGAGAGUCAAUUUCCUGCUCCAGUCCCUGGAGGAGUGAUAAUGACCAAUCAAGGGCUUGUAGCUCCCCAGAGACUCUGA